AUGAAGAUUUCUGCCGUGGGCGUCGCCCUCUGCAUCAACACCGCCGUCUUGGCCCAAUGGACCUGUGACCCGGGCUUCCAAUGUGGCGCUACAAUUAUACACCGUGAUGACAGCGCCUUUUGGGUUCAGACAUUGAAGGACGCUGAAACGCGCGUUGGAAGAAGAGGCCGGGACCCUCUGUGGGAUCUGUUUCGAUGCAACGGUAAUCGUACGGCCUCAUUCGUGCAGUCUUGCAUUGGACGAUGUCUCUAUGGCGGGCCUGGGAGGGACAGAUGUGAAGGGGAACUUUUGAAAUCAGAGACUCCUGACGAGUAG